AUGGCAACCAGUGUAAUUUCUCCUGACCUUGGGGUGCUGUCCGAUGAUGAAGAGUCUCCAGUUUUUGAAUCUACAGCUGCUGACUGUGCAGCCGGGAUUCGCAAAGAUCUUCUCGGUGAAUUCUCGGUCAUUUCACCAGGACUAGGACAUCCUUCUCAGACUAUACUUGAUGAAGGAACUGACAAAGUAAUGGUGUACGUUAGGAUCCGACCUUUUGUAGAUGGGGAAUUGGAUAAGAAAGAGGACCAGGGAUGUGUGGUGGUAGAAAAUCAGGAGACUCUGAUCUUGAGAGCACCAAAAGAUUCUUUCACAAUGAAGAACACUGAACGUGGAAUGGGGCAGAGUACCCACAAGUUCACCUUCUCUCAGAUUUUUGGGCCAGAGGUUGAUCAGAAGCAGUUUUUUGAUGGGACUAUGAGGCGAGUGGUGAAGGAUGCACUUAAUGGACAAAACUGGCUGGUUUAUACAUAUGGAGUCACCAACUCUGGCAAGACUUAUACCAUACAAGGAACAAACAAAGAUGGUGGCAUUCUUCCUCGGUCCAUUUCCCUCAUCUUCAACAGUGCUCAGGACCGUCUAUACAAAAGCUCUGACCUCAAACCUCUCUCCAAUGAAGUUAUUUGGCUAGAAAGCAAAGAAGUGCGGCAGGAAGAGUUAAAGAAGGUCUCCUUACUUUCUAAUUUACGAGAGGAAGAUCUUAUGACACCAAUGAAAAGGAGUGGUGGCAAUGAGUCCCAAGUUCGGGCUGCCACAAGUUUGAGCUUUGACAGUGGAAUUGGAGGACUCUCUUCAAGUCAUGCCAAUCAUACCAGCAUUCAACUAGAAGAGACAUGCUCACGAUGGGGUGAGCAAGAUGCCAUUUCACUUCAGGAACCUUCUUAUAUUCAGCUGUCCAUUUGGGUUUCCUACUUUGAAAUUUAUAAUGAGUUUGUCUAUGACUUAUUGGAGACUGUGUCCUCUGGCCCAAACCGCAAAAGAACAACACUGAGGCUGUGUGAAGACAGGAAUGGAAACCCCUAUGUGAAAGACCUCAACUGGAUUAAUGUACACAGUGCGGAUGAAGCUUGGAAAGUGCUGCGAGUUGGAAGGAAAAAUCAGAGCUUUGCCAGCACCCAUAUAAAUCAGAAUUCCAGCAGAAGUCAUAGUAUCUUUUGCAUCCGGAUCCUUCACUUGCAGGGGAAGCAUGAUAUGACCCCAAAGAUCAGUGAGCUGUCUUUCUGUGAUUUGGCUGGAUCUGAGCGAUGCAAAGAUCAGAGAAGUGGGGAUCGGCUGAAGGAGGCCACAAAUAUCAAUACAUCUCUUCAUACUUUGGGCCGCUGCAUCAGUGCCCUGAGACAAAAUCAACAAAACAAGCAGCGACAGAAUAUGGUUCCGUUCAGGGACAGUAAGUUGACUCGGGUCUUCCAAGCCUACUUUACUGGCCGAGGAAAGUCGUGUAUGAUUGUGAACAUCAAUCAGUGUGCUUCCACCUAUGAUGAGACACUACAUGCUAUGAAAUUCUCAGCAAUUGCUAGCCAGGUAUUAGGGUGUUCUGGGUGUGUUGCCAGUUUUCCUCUUUUGGCCAAUUGUUCUAAAAAUAUAUAUAUAUUUUUUUUUUUCCUUAGCUGGUCCAAGCACCUCCUGUAA